GUCAGUCAGUCCAGUCAGUCCGCCGGGUCCCUCGACACGGUCAAGACGCACUGCGACGCGCGGCUGCUCGUGAAGAGGAAAGAUCAGCGUCCGUGCCGUGGGUAGUCGGAGUGCUACGAUUGCAAAGUGCCAAACAUGGCGAUGAGAAGAGACUUGCUGCCCAAGCUGAACAAAAUACAGGAUUUAUUUUCCACGCUGGGAAAUAAUGAUCCGAUCGAAUUGCCGAAAAUCGUCGUCGUCGGCAACCAGAGUGCAGGCAAAAGUUCGGUGCUUGAGUCUUUGGUGGGCAAGUCAUUUCUGCCGCGUGGCUGCGGCCUCGUCACUCGCUGCCCUCUGGUGCUCCAGCUAAACCACAUCCCCGUGGGCCACACACGGCGUGAGGGUAUCUAUCACUAUGAGGAAUGGGGAACGUUCCUUCACUCCGGAGAUCGUAUUUUUGAACUGGAGGAAAUUUGCGAGGAAAUUGAGGCUGAGACAAAUCGCUUGGCGGGAUCGAACAAAGGCAUCGUCUCAACUCCCAUCACCCUGAAGGUGUUCUCACCCAACGUGGUGAACCUUACUCUGGUGGACCUACCAGGCAUGACGAAGGUGCCUACGGGUGAUCAGCCUCGGGACAUCGAAGAGCAGAUAGAAGGGCUGAUUUUACAGUACAUCGAAAGCCCUUUGACCAUCAUCUUGGCGGUGGUGACUGCCAAUACAGAUAUGGUGACCAACGACAGCCUCAAGCUGGCCAAACGUGUCGAUCCGGAGGGAGAACGUACGCUGGCCGUAGUCACCAAAAUCGACCUCAUGGACAAAGGCACGGACGCUAGGGAUGUCCUGAACGGUAAGGUCAUCCCUGUAAAACGUGGAAUUGUUGGUGUGGUCAACAGGUCCCAAAAGGACAUCGAUGAAAACAAGAGUGUAGAGAAUGCUGUUAGAAUGGAAAAAAGGUACUUUGAAGAACACUACAAAGAAAUAGCUUCUCUUCAUGGUUGUCAGUACCUCGCGGUGAAGUUAAGUGUGCUGCUUUCCGACCACAUCAAUUCAUGCCUUCCUGAUGUGCAGAAAAAAAUUCUUCAAGAAAUUGCCGAGUGUACUAAAACUCUCGAGACGUGUGGUGACUUUGUUACUGACAAGAAGUCAGCUCUGAUGAGCAUUAUCAAUGGCUUCAGUGAACAGUUCCGAUCACUUUGUGACAAAGGAUCCCCAGAUCUACAAUCAAUUAAGCUAACCGGAGGUGCUAAGCUGUGCGACAUUCUCCACAGCAGACUGGAGAAAAUCUUAGCCAGCAGGGAACCUUGCAAAUCGUACACGACUGAUGAAGUUAUUGUGGCCAUCCGUCAGUCCAAUGUCCUGACGCCACCCCUGUUCGUUUCCCAGUUGGCAUUUGAGAAACUGAUCAAACCGCUGAUCAAAAAUAUGGAGAAGCCUGCCCUGGAUUGUGUGGAGGCCGUGCAAAGAGAAAUGAGCAUCAUGUGUCAACUCAGCAUUCCGGCGCAGCUGAAACGAUUUCCGCCCCUGAGGCAAGCGGUCGUCAAAGUCGUGCAUGGAAUGAUCAACGAGAGGGCCGAGAAGGCCAUUCAGAUGGUUCAAGACCUCGUGACUGCCGAGAUGGGUCACAUAACGUACGACCGCAUUGAUGCCAAUGAAUUGAAAAAACUUCUGACUAUGGAAAAUGCAGUUAUACCUUUUUGUGUUGUGCCUUUCCGUAAGGGUGAAAAAAUUGAGACAGAACUCAAUAAGGAAUUAAUGAGGGCGGAAGGGAAUGACAAGGCGGAUGUUGUGUCCCGUUUGGAGUUGUUGACGAUGUCUAAUAAAGACAGAGUGCAUGUCAUCAUGUUGGGUAAGAUGCUCGACCUAUACUACAAACUCGUGGCGGAGACAACGCAGGACUUCACUGCGAAGGUGGUCGUGACCUUCCUGGUGCAGGCAGUGCGGGACUCGCUGGCCGUGCAUCUCACGUCUGAGCUCCAGGAAGUGUACAAGAAUCUGUUUGAGGAAAAGGCGGAUAUUGCUCAUAUUCGUCAAACAACAUUCAAGAGACGUGAUGUUCUGGAGAAGGCACUGGAAGUCAUCAUUGAAUUAGAAGAUUAAAGGGUGGUCACUAUUUCAUCACUAUUGAAUGUUUUCUUUGCUUGUUGUAUUCUAUGAUCUCUUCGAUCUUCGACCUAGGUUUAAGUUUGCUGUUUAAGACGAGGGGAUUUGUUUUCGGUUUUUUAAUGUAUAGCCCCUGAUAAACGAUUCAUAUUGUUAUAAUCAUUUCUUUACAUAUGCAUGAUGUGUACCGUUAAAACAAUGCUGCAUCAUCGUCAAGGAUGCUAUCUAGCUUUUGUGAGUUUUAAUGUUAUGUAUUAUUUUUUGGAGUGAGUGUACAAUAUCGCUUUUUACGUAACAGGAUACUACCUGGUCUCAAUUGGUUCUUCUCGCCGAAGGGAAAAAAAUGUUCCUUUUUGUAACUUUUAUUUCUUUAAAGGCCUUCCGUUUGUCCUGUUAUGUUUUUGUUUAUUAACAAUUGAUCUUCAUUUCAUUUUCGUGCUGCGUGUUUGCGUUAGCUUCACGUAAUAAUGAGAUGCUCCUCCAUUACAAUCGAUUUUGUCCUUUACAUUGUUUACUGUUGUGUCUCAUGAAUUUGUACCUAUAAGUAGGCCACAUAUGUUUUUUUUA